AUGGUUCGAAAGAAAGAUAGGUUUUGGAUUCACUCGGAAGAAUUGAGUGAAAAAUUUAAGUGCAAAUAUUGUUCUAAAGUGUACUCGGGUGGUGUCGCAAGACUCAAAUCCCACUUAUCUCAAGUUUCAGGACGUGAUAUUGAAACAUGUGAUAAAGUACCACCAGAUGUACAACCAGAAGCAUUUAUAGCUGUAUGUGGAGAUUCUAGCAAAAGAGCUAAGAGUAUUGGAAGUACAAAUGUCAAUGAGUCUGGAGAAAGUAUUGCAGUUUCUGGUUCUAGAUCAUUUGGAAGAACUAAUCAAAUGACAAUGCAGGAAGUUUACAAGAAAAAGAACAAAGAAGAAGUUGAUCAGUCUCUUGCUAAGUUUUUUAUAAUGAAUAACAUUUCUUUUAAUGUUGUUCAGUCAGCGUUAUUCCUUGACCUUAUAAAAGAUGUUGCGAAUUAUGGCUCUGGCUAUAAAGUACCAUCAUAUUCAACACUACGAAUAAAAUUGAUUACAAAUGAAAAAAAGGAAGCCGAGACAUAUGUUGGAAAGGUGAAAUCCUCAUGGCAUUUGAGUGGUUGCACCAUUAUGUCAGAUGGUUGGACUGACUUGAAAGGAAAAGCAUUCACUAAUGUCAUUGCAUAUUCACCUGGAGGUGCGAUUUUUAUGAACUCUUUUGAAUGCUCAAAGGAGAGAAAAACUGCUAUGUAUCUUAAAGAUAUUUUAUCAUCUGUAAUUGAAGAUAUUAGGCCAGAUAAUGUUGUCCAACUAAUCACUGACAAUGGUAGUAAUUUUCUAGUAGCAGACGACAUGCUUUUGGGAAAGUAUCCAAGAAUGUACAAAACACGAUGUGUGACACAUGGCUUACAAUUACUCUUAAAAGAUAUAUAUAAGAAUGUUGAAUGGGUGCGAAUCGUGAUUGAUGAGGCGAGGUUGAUUGAAAAUCAUAUGUACAAGCACACCGUUCUCUUGGCAUUGAUGCGAGAAGCUACUCACAAAGAAUUAAAGCAUCCAUGUGCUACAAGAUUUGCUUCAAAUUUUCUUGUGUUGCAAUCACUUGUGGAUGUUGAGAAUGAAUUAAGGCUUUUUGUUGCUUCUGCUGAAUGGAGAGAAAGUAACUUAAACAAAAGUCGGCAAGCAAAGAAAGUAACUGAGCUAGUCCAAAAUAAUGAAUUUUGGAAUAGAGCAAAGGAGGUCCUACAAGCUUUAGAGCCUAUUGUUCGAGUCCUACGUUUAGUUGAUGGUGAGGGAUCUACUUCUGGAUACUUAUAUGAUGCUAUGGAAAGAGCCAAAGAAGCAAUCAAGUGUCGCUUGGGUAAUAAUCAAAAUAAAUUUAUGCGCAUAUGGGAUUUAUUUGAUGAAAGAAGAAAUGGAAAUAUUAUACAUCCUAUACAUGCAGCUGCAGCUCUUCUGAAUCCAGCUUAUAUGUGUCGUGAAGGGUUUAGAGAAAGUCGAGAGAUGAAAGAUGGCAUAGAUUUCAUGUUUGAGAAUCUAAUUCUGCCAGAGGAGAAAGAAGAUUUUUUAAAACAAGAUUAUUGUGGUGAUCCACUUCCAGUGCUAAGAAAAUAUGCAGUUCGUAUUUUAAGCCAACCAUGUAGUUCUUCAUCUUGUAAGAGAAAUUGGAGUGCCUAUGAAACAGCACAAACAAAGAAAAGAAAUAGAUUAUCUUCGGAAAUGUUAGAUAAUCUUGUUUAUACUAGAAUGAAUACAUUAGCAAUGAAAAAGUGGUCCACUUUGGAAUCACAAGAUUUGGAGCCUAUUGAUUUAGAAAAACUUCAUGAACUUUCGGAGUAUAUAGAUAAUGGAAAAGGUGGAGAUGGAGACGACGGCGAAGAAAUUGAAGAAAAUUCAUUAACUAACCUCGACCUUUUGUGGUUAAAUCAAGAGUCGGAGUUCGUUGAUUAUAAUUACUAA